UCCAAUGUGGCUGUGAAAAAAGGCUUUGCUUCACUUUGCAGACUGCAGGUCACUGCGCUGCCUCCACAUCUGUAGCAAGCAUGGAUGACUACAUGGCAACCACAGAGGAUUACUGGAUAUUUGACUAUGACAACUACACGUUGUCCCCCGAAACCAGCAAGACGUACGCGGCCCCCUGCCCCCACAAGGACAUCUACACUUUUGCGCAGAGGUACCUGCCCGUCGUCUACAGCCUGGUCUUCUUCCUGGCCGUGGCGGGCAACGUGCUGGUGCUCUGCGUGAUCCGACGCUACCGUAACUCCCGCGGAGGCCGCGCCUGCUCAUUCUCCCUGACCGACACCUUCCUCCUCCACCUGGCCAUCUCCGACCUGCUCCUGGCCUUAACGCUGCCGCUCUUCGCCACGCAGUGGGCCCACCAGUGGGUGUUCGGCGAGGCGGUCUGCAAGAUCUCCGGCGCUCUGUUCUCGCUCAACCGCUACAGUGGCAUCCUUUUCCUGGCCUGCAUCAGUUUCGACCGCUACAUGGCCAUCGUCCACGCCGUCAGCUCCGGCUGGAAGCGCAACAACACCUGCCAGGCCCAGGUGGCCUGCGCUUUUAUUUGGGUGGGCUGCCUGGCCCUCGGUGGGGUGGACAUUGCCUUCAAGCAGGUGGGCGAGGUGAAAAUCGGAGACGGGCAGGGGCCUCUCUUGUGCCAGGUGUGGUUCACCGACAACGCUGCGCAGUGGCAGGCCGGCCUGCAGCUGGUCAGCGUGAGUCUGGGCUUCGGACUUCCGCUCCAGAUCAUGCUUUACUGCUACAUCCGGAUUUUCCGCUCGCUGUGCAAUGCCACCCGCCGGCAAAAGCGCAAGUCCCUACGUCUCAUCAUCUCCCUGGUGUCCAUCUUCGUGGUCUGCUGGGCGCCGUACAACUGCUUCCAGCUGGCCGACAGCCUGCAGAGGCUGGACGUCGUGGUCGGGGGUUGCCAGUUCGGCCGCAUCGUAGACAUGGGCACGUUGAUCACCGAGAGCGUGGGGCUGUCGCACUGCGCCCUCAACCCGCUGCUGUACGGCUUUGUGGGGGUCAAGUUUCGCAGGGAGAUGGCUCGGAUGUGCAAGGGGCUGCUGGGAAAGAGAGGCUGGCUAGGAAUGGAGGAAUGGAGGGAGAGGAAGCGGAAAACAACCAGCUCCUACAGCUCUGCCGAUAGCGAAAACACCUCCUACUCGGUAAUGGUGGGGAAAUGAUGUGCAGUGUGUCCAACAGGUAGCUCUCCAAAUGUUUUAGAGUAGCUUGUCAAAUAGUUCCACUUUUUCACUUUGCUGUACUUGCUCCACUCCGCUGUUGCCAACCAUGGAACCUCUCAAGUCAGAUGCAAAUUUUCAAAUGCCUUGCACUUAAAAAAAAUAAUACAGUGAACUCCCAUUUAUCGCUAGGAUACUUUCUACCAGGGGUAUUAAACUCAUUGUAGUUCAGGGGCCACAUUAAUUUGAUGUCAAAGUGGAUGGGCCACUCAACUCAUAGUAUACUUAGUAUACAAAAAAUAUUAUGUUAUGUUGUUAUUAUGACAAUAAUAAUAAUUAAAAAAAGUCACCAAUUUCCCCCCAAAAUUGUUGUAUAUUGUUGAAAAACGUCAUAUUCCCCCCCUCCCACAAAAUAAAAUGUCACACUGUAUAUGUAUUUUUUAAAAGUGGUGUAUUUUCUUGAAAAGCUUUUGAGAUUAAAGUUGUAUAUUUUUGAGGAAAAACAGUCCCAUAUUUUCAGCCAAAAAGUUGCAUAUUAAAAAAAACCCGAAUCUUCUGACCAUGUAAUUACAUAUUUUGCCAAGAAAAAAAUCACACAUAUCUUUGAUAAAUAUAUAGUCACCUAAUGUAGUAGUUCUCAAACUUUUUACACCAGGUAUUACCUAGAAAAAACAUUAGCUCUCAAUGUACCACCAUAAUGACAACAUUAAAAUACAGUCGCGUACUGGGCCCAAGUGUUCGCCCAAAUCAAGACGUAGAUUUUAUUCCUAAAAAGUAUAUUUCAUAUUUUUGAAAGCCACUGUAACAUUAUGUACAGUUUGAACAUGAACACUGUCCUUAAAUAAGGGGGAAACAACUGUUCUCGAAUGAUUCAAAUGAAAUGUAAAAUAAAAUAAAAAAUUGUAUGUACUUUCUUUCAAUUAACAAUUUUUAACGAUUAAAUGCAAAUGUAUUGAACUUAAAACUUAAAUACAACGGAACUGUAUUUAACAAAUGCACUUUUCUGGAUUUGAAAACAGUUUAAGCCACUGUAACGUUACAGAGUUUGAACAUUUCAUUCUGUGAUGCUGUUGCAUACCACGAGAGGGAGCGCGCUUUGAGAAUCAUUGAUCUAAUGAGAAUAAAGUUGUACAUUUGGGACAAAAAAAUAGUGUUGUUGAAAAAAUCAAAGGAGACAUAUUUUCGAAAAUUUAAAGUUGUAUGUUUUCAAUGAAAAAUAGAAAACAUUUAUUCGAGAGGAGACGGAGGGUAGCGAGAAAAGGGACUGUUGCAGCAGAGUGGAGACUCUGGAAUAUAGUUAGAGUUUCGGGGUGAAUCUGCAUGGGAAACUGCCGCGAAAUAAAAUGUCAGGUGAAUAAAGACUGGAAAAUGUUCUCUGUGGAUAUGAUGCCGCUUCAUGCAUUUUAUCGUCACUUUCGAUGUUUCCUUGAAUGCCCUGUUGUGUUGUUGACUUUUUUUUUGUGUAUGGUAAUCUUGUGAAAUAGUUUGAUUUCUUCGCACUUGUUUGGUCGCUAAGUCAUUUGUACGUAGUCUGACACAUACCUGGGAAUGUAAUCAUGCCCUUCUCCUUUAGCAUGAAAACAAGCUGGUUUGAGUGAAAUGAAAAAACAAAAGUGUACAAUUCUGCUGACUUUGUCUUCCCCCCCCCCACUCCAAACAUACAGCUCCAUGCCUGCAGUCUGUGUUGCAAAAAAAAGAGGAAAUGAUUGUGAGUCAUGUAUGAGGUUAAAUAUGGAACCUAACUGUCAGUAUUAGUUAUGUGCUAAUAUUUGUGUGAUAGAUUUUUUGGGGGAAUAAAACUGUCUUCUUCUGAUUUACUUUUUAGCAUGAUGCCAAGUGUAUAUUGUAUAUUUUUGAGGAAUAAAGUCUCAA